AUGUCAAGGGCGAGGCGCGAGCAGGUCGAUAUUACUGACCUAGGGAGCAACGCUACGGAGGAUAGAGUACGCGCGGACAGAACCUGGCCGAUGAAGAGGAUAUGGGUGCAGCAGUAUGGAGAGAUCAUGAUGAAGAACGUAUCAGCGGGGUACGUAGAAAGAAGAGAACCGUCUUUCUACCACCCAGGUGUUCUUCCUAAUUACCUUUCAUCCUUCAGGCAAUGA